AUGACUAAAUUCAACAACAGCUUAACAGUUGGAAAAGCCAUGUAUAGCGAAGAUAUUGAAGGAACUGGGGCAUACGUACUUGCUCUGCACAAAGCAGGUAUCCUUGACGCAAAGGAGCUAGCUCAAAUCCAAGAAGGUCUAAAACAAGUGUUGAACGAAUGGGAAAACGGUAAGUUUCAAGAGAAGCCAGGCGAUGAGGACAUCCACACUGCCAACGAAAGAAGACUUACAGAGAUCAUUGGACCUCUAGGAGGAAAAGUACACACUGGUCGCUCGCGGAAUGACCAGGUGUCCACAGACUUGCGUCUGUAUGUGCGGAAGCACUUGAUAUCAGGGCGCCAGUGCCUGAAAAACUUGAUACUGUGCUUGAUAAACAGGGCCAGAAAAGAAAUCGAUGUCCUAAUGCCUGGGUACACGCACCUCCAGCGCGCACAACCAAUUCGCUGGGCACACUUGCUGAGCUCAUACGCUACGCAGCUUACAGACGAUAUUCAAAGGCUUGAAAUGGCGCUAGAUAUCACCAACCGUUGUCCACUGGGCUCAGGCGCCUUGGCUGGACAUUCGUUCAAUAUUGACCGGCAACUGCUCGCCGAUGAGCUCCACUUUCCAAAGCACAUGGGCAACUCCUUAAUGGUGGUGGGUGACAGAGGUUUUGUUCUAGAUACUCUAUACUGGGGCUGCAGUGUUUCUUCCCACCUAUCUAGAAUGGCUGAGGAUUUGAUUGCGUACUCCACAAGCGAGUUUGGAUUUGUCAAACUUUCUGAUGCCUACUCCACAGGAUCUUCGCUAAUGCCCCAGAAAAAGAACCCGGAUAGCCUUGAGCUCAUUAGAGGAAAAGCUGGACGUCUAUUUGGAAACCUGGCGGGCUUCAUGAUGGCCGUGAAGGGUUUACCUUCCACCUACAACAAGGAUCUCGCAGAAGAUAAAAGAGCUGUUUUUGAUACCCUUGAUACUGUCAAGGACUCACUUGACAUUUUCACUGGCGUCAUUUCCACACUUUCCAUAGACGUCGGAGAAAUGAGAGGUGCUUUAUCUACCGACAUGCUGGCUACUGACCUUGCUGAUUAUCUGGUUCGCAAAGGUGUUCCAUUCCGUGAAUGUCAUCGGAUCGUCGGCCAGGUUGUUAAAGCGGCUGGCGAGGCUGAAGGUGGUGCUAUAGAUAACCUGUCCCUCAAGGAGUUCCAAGCGAUUGAUGAAAGAUUUGGACCAGAUCUCUAUUCUGCAUUUGAUUUUGAAAGCAGUGUUGAAAAAAAGUCAGUGAGGGGUGGUACCUCCAAAUCUGCGGUUCUAGAGCAGCUUGACUGCAUUGAACGCAUAGUAUCAGGCUUUUGA